AUCAGGGGAGAUGCGACGAUCUACGCUGACAACCAGGCGGCCAUCCGGGCGUCUCAACGCCCAUCCACGAAAAAGCCGGGCCACUACCUGGUUGGCCCUGCCCAUGCGAUAGCGAAGAGGUUGAGGAGCCGACGAGUGGAGGAGCGGGUGAAGGUGACGCUGGCUUGGAUAGCGGGGCAUGAGGGGGUGGAAGGGAACGAGUGGGCGGAUGAGGAAGCAAAGGAAGCGGCCAGAGGAGAGGCCGAGGCGAGCCCAAAGGAAGACUUACCAGCAGCACUACGAAAACGGCUGCCGGACAGCAUCUCUGCGCGGAAGCAAGCGCACGCAGCGAACAUGAAGGCGAGGUGGGGAAGGAUGUGGGCAAACUCGCCGCGAGCGCACCGAGUGGCAAAACUGAAUCUUAAGGCGGGUGCCCGAUCAUUUCUGAAACUCACAGCUGAUCUACCGAAGCGACAGAUCAGCACUCUGGUGCUCCUAACAACGCGGCACUUACCGCUGAACGCAUAUCUAUACCGGUUCAAAAGGGCGGAGGAGCCCUUCUGCGACCACUGCGACGAUGCCGCCGAAGAGACAAUACAUCACUACCUGUUUGACUGCCCAGCAUGGGGCCGAGCACGACACGCCCUCAUUAGGGCCCUCGGACGCGACGCGGAGUCGCUGUCAUUCCUUUUGACAAACACGAAAGCGACACAGCCGCUAAUGCGCUACGUCAACGCGACGGGGAGGUUCAAGGCGAUCUUCGGCGACUUGUGCAGAAAAACAUACUCGAGCUAUUAAACAUGUUAUACUGGGGGCUUGUGGCAGAUGGGACCAAGGAGGAGGAACGGAGAGCGGAAAGUGGCUAGAAAACGAAGACGUGGAAGAAGGCGUACGGAUGCGGCGGUGCCCCAUGGCCCUCGCCCUUAGUGCAUACACCCCGAGGGGUGGCAUGUACGGGCCCAGAUCACAUAACACUCACGGACACUCAUACGAUUACAUAGAUUACGGUCCCAUGGACCCGGCACAGUAGCGUCCGUCAUGAGGCUACCGCCCCCUUGGACGAUAAUUGAGACAAUAAUAA